AUGGGGGUGCUUGCUGAGAAACUGAAUCUUAACUAUGAGGAGGCAGAGAGAUGGAUUGUGAACCUUAUCCGCACGUCAAAGCUUGAUGCCAAGAUUGAUUCCGAGUCAGGAACCGUAAUCAUGGAGCCUACUCAGCCCAACGUGCAUGAGCAGUUGGUUAACCACACCAAAGCCUUGUCAGGACGGACUUACAAGUUAGUGACUCAGCUCUUGGAACACACACAGGGGCAAGCAGCUCGUUAA